AUGGAGAAGGAAAGAACCUCUGGCGAGGUCGAGAGACCUGAGCAGGCCGAGCCUGUCCUGCCCGUCGUCAAUCCGGCUCUCGAGAAACCUGCUCCUCCUCAGAGCGCCAUCCACCCCGCUCUCUAUGUUAUUGUCUGGAUUGGUAUGAGCUCCAGUGUCAUCAUCUUCAACAAGUACAUCCUCGAUAAGAACAAGCUGAACUUCCAAUUCCCAAUUUUCCUGACAACAUGGCAUCUCGGCUUUGCAACAAUCUGCACCCAGAUUCUCGCUCGUUUCACCACCGUUCUGGAUUCAAGAAAGAAGGUUCCCAUGAAUGGCAGAGUCUACCUUAGAGCUAUCGUUCCCAUCGGUCUCUUCUUCUCUCUGUCGCUCAUCUGCGGUAACCUCACCUACCUCUACCUUUCUGUCUCCUUCAUCCAGAUGAUCAAGGCUACCACCCCCGUCGCCGUUCUGAUCACAUCUUGGGUCAUGGGUCUUUCUCCUCCCAACUUGAAGACCCUCGGAAACGUGUCUUUCAUCGUUAUCGGUGUCAUCAUCGCCUCAUUCGGUGAGAUCCAAUUCGUCAUGCUCGGUUUCCUCCUCCAAGUCGCUGGUAUCAUCUUCGAGGCCAUUCGCUUGACCAUGGUUCAGCGCCUUCUUUCCUCUGCCGAGUUCAAGAUGGACCCUCUGGUUUCCCUCUACUACUUCGCUCCCGCUUGUACCAUCAUGAACGGAAUUGUCGCUUUGAUCACCGAGGUCCCAUCUAUGACUUGGGCUGACUUCGACCGCGUCGGUUACUUCACUCUCUUGCUCAACGCCAUGGUUGCCUUCGGUCUCAACGUCUCGGUCGUCUUCCUGAUUGGCAGAACCUCCUCUCUCGUUCUUACGCUCUGCGGUGUCCUCAAGGAUAUCCUUCUCGUCGUUGCCUCGAUGCUCAUCUUCCGCGACCCUGUUGCUCCUCUUCAAUUCUUCGGUUACUCGAUCGCCCUCGGUGGUCUCGUCUACUACAAGCUUGGAGCUGAUGCCCUCAAGGAAUACGCUGGUGGUGCCGGUCGCGCCUGGGCCGACUACGGUGUCAGACACCCCGCCCUCAGAAAGCUCAUCGUCUUCGGUGGUGUGCUCCUCGUUCUUUUCCUCCUUCUUGGCUCCUUCAGCUCCUCCUUGCCUGUCGACCCCAAGCAAUACGUCGGCAACAAGUACAGUGGCUUCUUCGGUAACGGCGGCGUCUGA